CCACACCGCAGCGCUCAUGGCCAAAAAAAUUGCCGCAAAACGGCGCUGCCGUGCGAAAACCUGUUUUUUUUCCUUCAAGACCGCCAAAGCACCGACCGCCCCCCGCCGCCCAAAUUCCAUGACACUGCGUGGGGCAAUAAAAACAAACAGAACGCUUGGCCACCUGAGAGCGACCAACUGUAAAAGUGGGCCGCCCGAGAAGAAGAGCAGCGACGCUGGCAGCGGCGGACCUCGAAGAUUUCACUUUUCGACGAACGAUUCAACGGAGCGGAGCUAAAAAACGCGAUUUUCUCACCAGCAAUUGUAAAUAAUUGUGAUUUUGUAGCCGAAUAAUAAUAGGAGAAUAGUCAUCAUGUACCGCGCCAGUGGGUUAAGGAUUAUGCAACAGCUGCGACGAAGGAUUCCCUCGGAGAUUCAGGGGCUUCAAAACAUUAAAGUUGCGCCUGCGCUGCAAACUUUCACUUUCCAACAACAACAACCAGAUCGCUGGACGGCAACAUCGACGGCCAGUGGAAAGCAUUCCAGUGCGCAGGUGGCGACCCCGCCCCCGCGGCACGACUGGAAUAGGGCGGUCAGCGAGGCGGAGAGGAUCGUUGGCUAUCCCACAUCCUUUUUGAGCCUGCGCUGGCUGCUCAGCGACGAGAUCGCCAAUGUGGCGCUGCACUUGCGCAAACUGGUGGGCAGCGCCCAUCCGCUAAUGAAGACCGCCAAGCACCUGCUAUACAAUGGCAAGAACACGAUGCAAGCUUGGGGAUUGAUAGUGCUCCUGGUGUCCAAGGCCGCAGGACAUGCUCCUAGUGUUCCCGAUGUGGAACAGGAUAAGAGUGCCGGAGUGCUCCACUCACAAAGAGCUCUGGCUGAGGUCACUGAGAUGAUCAGGAUCUCACAUCUGGUCCACAAUAGCGUGGUCAACCUGCAGUCGAGCACACAAGCUGGCCAGGAUGUAGCCACCUACGACGACAUGUCCUUUGGCAACAAAAUCGGCCUGCUGACCGGCGACUAUCUGCUGGGCCAUUCCAGUGCGGAGCUGGCAAACCUACGAAACCAGGAGGUGGUGGAGCUCAUCUCGUCGGCGGUGCGUGACUUCUCGGAAUCGGAAUUCAUUGGGGAGCGGGACGAACAGAACAAUCCGCUGCCCUACAAACCGGGUACCUUUCAGCGGCCAUCGCUUAGCGUUGGUGUGGACUUCAACGAGCACGAUGUGAUGACCCCGAUGCCCAUUGCUCAGGUUCUUGGAAAUCCUGAGGAGGAAUGGGAGUGCCGCAACAUCCUCAAUGCUGGUAGUCUGUUGGGCAAAUCCUGUCAAGCUUCGCUGAAGUUGGCCGGGCAGAGUGAGGAGCUCCAGCGGCACGCGUACCGCUUUGGCAAACACUUGGCGCUCGCUUGGCAGGCCUGCUUAGAUGCCGAACCAUUUCAGUGUCCCCAACUCCCGCUGGAUGCGGCUUUCAGCCUGGUUAGUGCACCAGUUCUUUUCCAUUUGGAGCAUGAUCCUGAAAUGUAUGCCCAACUGGAGGCGGGCAAGCAAUCGGUGGAUAAUAUCGACUACGACAAGAUCCACAAGGCAAUCCUAGCCGGUCCGGCGUUGGUUAAAACUAAGGAACUGCAGAGGAAGCAUACUGCAGCCGCUUUGGCUGUUCUGCAACACUUCCCGGCCACGGAUGCUCGACAGGCUCUAGAGAACAUCAUCCUGGCCAUGCAGGAUCUCUGAUCCGAAACAAUCGAUGCCGAUUUAUCACGGGUUCAGGGCUUAGUUUAGGUGUAUUUAUUCCAUUGGGUCAUUCUUCAUUAUUGCAGACAUUGUUGACUAAUCUUAAACGGAGUGUUUUAAAAAGAUACUUUGUGCUUACUUUUGUUAAAUCACACAUUACUUGGUGCGAGUACAAAAAUUAUAAUUAUUAAAAACGUUUUUAAAGUCUUUAAACUAAUCAAUAGAUUUUGUACUUAAAUGAUUGGUAUAUGAAUAAACACUUUACAAUACACAAAAA